UUGUUUAAGUCAAAGAAAGCGUACAAGAUGGCGCAGAUACCCAUGGAAGGCAUCUCGACUACAAAGAGAGAUUACAUAGCUCAUGAAGUGUUGCCACAGAAACUUAAACCACCUGAAAAGCAUGUCAAGAGUGAUGAGAGUAUGGAUUUGACCUCCACUUAUAAACAAGAUUAUAACUCCUACCCUAUCUCUCAAGUACCUCCAUGCCUCCCCCAUGUGACGAGACACAUCCCCAGCGCCAAGAUGGAUACAAGAACCACUUAUGAAGGUGACUACGUGCUAUGGAAUGAACCAAAGACAGAGCUGAUCAGACCAAAUGACAGGUUUCACCCAUCAGAAGAAAAAUUUGACCACAGAACCAUUGUCCAGGAUGACUAUCUCUACAGGGGGCCAGUUGCCACUCAGAGCUGCAAACCUCUGAAUCUGGUCCAGAAAAGCAAGGCUCCCUUUGAGAAUAUAACCAAUUAUAGAGUGAAUUAUGUGCCACAUCCUCUGGAGAAACAUUAUAUGCACAAAUACGAGAAAUACAAGGUCAAUGAGGUCCCAUUCGAUGGCCUCACUACUCACAAAGUUUCUUACAAGGGGCUGGCUGGUCAGCCAGCCAAGCUGGCAAAACCAUGCAAGCUGAAGCUUCUCCAUGAUCUUCCAUUUUCCUCUACAACUGAGUUUCAGGAAAAAUACCAAGCUUGGCCACGGCCUCCUGUAUUCACCAAAAAACCUGAUGUAUAUCUUCCUCCUCUGGAGAAAAUGGACCUUCACACCACUACUCAGAUACAUUACAAGCACCCAAAUGGCAAGCCAGCCAAGAUGUGUCAAACUUUGGCCCAGCUUAAAAUAAGUACUGAGCCAUUCAGUAGCUCUUCUACAAUGAAGGAAGAUUAUAAGCCUUGGCUGUGCAAGAGACUAAAACCUAUCACUUGUGUUCCGGAGCUGACUUUCCCAGCAAAACCAAUGGAUUUCUUGACUACCUUUCAGACCCAUUAUGUGCCUCAUCCGCUCACAGUUACGAAGAGCUAUAAACCUGGCUGGUCAGGCCCAAAGCAUCACACUCUGCUAGAUGCUAAAACCAUCUAUGCUACCAGCUACACACCAAAGGGCACUGUUAGAUGCUUGGCCUCUUACAAACACCCACCCGGUUACGUCUUUGAGGGAACUGAUGCUGAUGGUCACAAUCUCUAUCUCCCUGCUUCCACGAGUGAGAGCCUGCAAGGUGGACACUGA